AUGAUAAAGCUCGAACCAAUUCCGUCAUUCUCGUUGUAUGAUAGAAAUGGGAAUGAAAUUGAAGACGAAGAAGAGUUGGCCACCAACACUGGCGACGACGGAGAUGGAUUCAGUCUCCCUCCGUUGGGGAGUCAUUAUGCUAACAGAAGCGAAGAAAAUGAAACAUUUGGCCUCUCAGAAAGUCUUUUCUGUCAGGAACCAAGAUAUUUGUGUCUGGCUCUAGGACUGGGCGUCGACCCGGAUAGAGCGGAGACUAAGAAAAGCACGUUCAGUGAUGAACGGACACAACAGCAUUACCAGAACCUCCUACACGAUGAUCCCUGCAAUCCACUUAUAUUGAGAAAUUAUGCCACGUAUUUGAACAAGGUUAAAGGAGACUACGAGAAGGCGGAGAAAUUAUAUUCGAGGGCAAUCUUGGCAAAUCCAAAUGAUGGGGAAGUGUUAUCAGAGUAUGCCAAAUUAAGGUGGAAAGUACAUGGAGAUCAAGAAAGAGCAUCCAAUUACUUUGAACGUGCUGUAAAGGCCUCCCCUCAGAAUAGGUAA